GGUUUCAUAUGUUCCGCAGUCGAGAACACCCUUUUGACAUUGCACGUGGGAUUUCAUUAAUACACAUAUUGUCACAAGAAACAUAAAAAAACAAGCACCAGAGGGAAAGUUAUAAAGCAAAUAAUGAUCAUAGCACUGCUUUUUGGUUCCCUAUUUUCGACUGUAUACAGUAAUGCUCCACCAGCCGACUAUGUCUAUAAUGUUAAUCAUUCAUGUGGAACCGUCGCUUCUGGUGCUGAUUUUGAUGCUAGCGGAGCAAGUGUAACAAUCCAGACAGAACUUUAUGUAAUUGCGGAAAUCAAAUGUGCAGAUGCAGUUACAUAUCAUAUCCGGCUAUUAGAUCCCACUAACAUAGACACUGUAUCAGCUAAUAUCUAUUAUACAAAUGACGGCACUGGUACAAAAGGAACAGAUUGUUUCUUUUUUCAAUCACACAACGAAUCCAACUUGUAUGUAGUGGAAAUGAAUGUAUAUUGGGGAUAUACGAAUGACUCUUUAAUGCAUGAGUAUGAAGCUUAUACCAUUACAUGUACUACAGAAGGACUAGCGUCUAACAGCACAUCGCCUGAAAGAACCAUCGAUGACAAUGGGAUACGUAUAGCAGCUGAUUUGGAGAGUCAUAUAGGAGAGGGAUACACUGGUAUAACAAGCCUUGGUUUAGUGGAUAUUCUAGGUCGACCAAUAACAGGGAACACAAUAUCUAUGCAAAAGAAAGUAAAAUUACAAUUGUCGAUUGAUGGAAGUAGUGGCAAGGUUGGAGUAAUACCAUAUUGGUGUAAAGCUUAUAACAGUGAUAAUACACAAACGUACAGAAUACUGAGCGCAGGAUGUGGAGAUGGUAUCGUGUUUCCAAAAACUGUAGGAUUUACCACAAAAGGAUUGACAGCUACCAGUCCACAUUUUAAAGUGUUCGGACUAUUGGAAGCGUUAGGAAAUACUGCUGAGGUAUCUUACCAGUGUGCAUUUUCUACUUGUUCAGCAGUUUGUGAUGGGUCCUCCUGUGCAUUACGAAACAAGAGAUCUGUUGAGAAAGAAAGACUGCUUUUUGUUCGCACGGUUAAAUACAAGUUGGAACACUUGAGAAAUUUGUUAUACCAACCAACGAUAGAUGAGCAUGAACUUGUUGGAUUAGAUAUGAUCGUGAAGAUUGCCGCUACAGCUACAAGUGUUAUUGGUGGAAUAGCUGUAGUAUUACUUGUUGUAGCUUUAUGUAAAUGUAUAAAACUUAAACGUAAAGACAACCAGGAGCCAAGUCUAGAGCAGACACGAACAGAAAAAAUGGGGCUUGAAAAAGUAAAAGCUUGAAAUUAAAAUUGUUUAUGCUAUAAUUUUGCUACUCUAGACAAUAAAACAUUUGUAACAGAA